GGUACCUACGGUGUGGUUCCGUUGCCAAAUCACGUGGCCGAACUGUAUGUACUGUGCAGUACCUUGAUCGAACGACCCUGCCCAAAACCGCUGCCCGUCUCACAGAGCAACGACGCAAUCAACGCAAGCCCACCAUAAGGUAACCCCACCCCCACCAGCCCACCAUCCAGGCUCCGAUGUUUUUCUCCUGCUCCCCUCCUCCUAUUUAACAACCCGACCAACCCUUGUGCUCGCAAGUCGCAUCUUCCAAUUUUCGCCGACUACAUCCAGAUCCAGUGUGCCCAAUCCAAUCUUUUUUUCCCCGCCAGAGCUCUGAGCGCCGCCUUAUCACCCCACAAACCUUCAAGGCCACCUUGACACACCGACAUCAUGUCUCAAUCAGGAGCCACCGUCUCUCCGGAGUGCAUUGAGAGCUACAACAAGUUGAAGCUCGACAAGGUAUACAAAUACAUUGUCUUCAAGCUCUCGGACGACAACAGGCAGAUCGUCGUGGAGGAGGCCUCAGCCGAUAAGGACUGGGACAGCUUCCGCGAAACCCUGAUCAACGCCACGACCAAGUCCAAAUCUGGUGCUGUCGGCAAGGGACCCCGCUACGCUGUUUACGACGUCGAAUAUCAGCUUGCCUCGGGCGAAGGAACACGGAACAAGAUUACCUUCAUCGCCUGGUCGCCAGAUGAUGCUGGUGUCAUGGCCAAGAUGGUGUACGCCUCCUCAAAGGAAGCUUUGAAGCGCUCACUACCUGGUAUUGCGGUCGAACUGCAAGCCAACGACUCGGAUGAUAUCGAGUUCGACUCGGUCCUGAAGACCGUUAGCAAGGGGCUGGCCGGCAAAUGAGCGGACCGGCUGCGAGAAACCUCGGGUAUGCGUUUGCAGGACCUACAGCACAAAAUGAACACCCCCCAAAAAAGUGGGAAGGCAACCGUGAUCCUAUCCUUGAAUUGAACUCACCUAUCGGAGACGGAUGAACGAAAGGACAUAGCCAAUGAGUAGACGGAUGGCAUGGUGGGCUUUACGCCACUUAUGAGGAAACGAUUAUCUAAAUGGUCGUGGACCUUUUUCUUUGCAACCCCCAAUCUUGCUCUCCCUGCAUAUAUCCUCGACCGUGAUGAUGAACUUCCAGAUUUGAUGCGGGCCGUGGCUAUCUAUGUAAGCCAGAACAAUCAGGUUGGACUGUAGGUAAUUCCCGAAUGUACGUAACACCGGCUUCGGGAGUAUAGCAACCGCCCUUUCCUAGGAAUCCUGCCCUUAGCAUGCGUCAACCUCUAUCACCAGCACCUCUCAUAGCUGCAACAUGC